AUGACAGCAGACAUAGAGACUCAAAAUGACUACGAGGAAGGACUUCCUGGUCCUGGGGCCCCAACGCCGCUCUCAGCCUUAGAGGGAGUUGCGGGUCUAACUGGCCGAGAUAUCAAACUGUUCGUUGACGCUGGCUAUCACACGGUUGAGUCAAUCGCAUACACUCCGAAGCGCUUGCUGGAACAGAUCAAGGGUAUCUCCGAACAGAAGGCUACCAAGGUUCUUGUUGAAGCGGCGAAACUCGUACCCAUGGGAUUUACCACGGCCACGGAGAUGCAUGCGCGACGAAGCGAGCUCAUAUCGAUCACAACGGGAUCCAAACAACUAGACACUCUCCUUGGCGGAGGCAUUGAGACAGGAUCUAUCACGGAGAUCUUCGGCGAGUUCAGAACAGGGAAGAGUCAAAUUUGCCAUACCCUUGCGGUGACCUGUCAGCUGCCUUUUGACAUGGGCGGUGGAGAAGGAAAGUGUCUGUAUAUUGAUACCGAGGGUACUUUCCGUCCCGUGCGCCUGUUAGCGGUUGCGCAACGAUAUGGGCUUGUCGGCGAAGAGGUUCUCGAUAACGUGGCAUAUGCUCGAGCCUACAAUUCGGACCAUCAGCUUCAGCUGCUGAAUCAGGCCUCCCAGAUGAUGUGCGAGACUCGCUUCUCGCUGCUCGUCGUCGACUCGGCCACUUCAUUGUACCGGACAGAUUUCAACGGCCGUGGAGAAUUGUCCACGCGCCAAACCCAUCUGGCGAAGUUCAUGCGCACUCUGCAGCGCCUUGCAGACGAGUUCGGAAUCGCGGUUGUUAUCACAAACCAGGUCGUCGCCCAGGUAGACGGCGGCCCCAACAUGUUCAAUCCCGACCCGAAAAAGCCCAUUGGUGGAAACAUCAUUGCACAUGCUAGUACGACGAGAUUGAGUCUGAAGAAGGGACGAGGUGAGACACGAGUAUGUAAGAUCUACGACAGUCCAUGUCUGCCGGAGAGUGACUGUCUCUUUGCCAUCAAUGAGGAUGGAAUUGGAGACCCAAGCCCCAAGGAUCUGGAGCAUGAGUGA